CAUGAAUUCGACAAUUGUAAUGCUUAAUGCAAUGACAAUAGUUAAUUUGAAUUUGAUUGGUUAACCGAAUUUCGCGGGCGUCCGCCAUCUUGAAUUCGCAGUUUUACUUUCGUUUCGCAGGCGAUCGGUCGUGUGCGUGGAAUUUUCAAGAUUUUGUUUGCAAAAAUGUUCGGAUAUCGUUAAAUUAGUACUCGACGUUCCGUUGAAAGUGACGUACAUCGAAGAAAAGACAUUUUAGUGAACUGAUUAGUGAUCAUUGUGUACAAAUGUCCAUGAACUUUCCGACGAGCCGGAACGACAAUAUCGGAAGGACAAAGAGGAAACACGUGUUUGCAGACGAGGCAACGUGCGAUAGACCAGGCAUCGAUGGAUACCAGGGCACCGAAUAAAAUGGAUAGAAAGCAAGGUAUCCCAUUUUGGCAAUUUCUCUGGCAAAGCUGAACGCAUCCCAAGGCGAAUGAGAGGCGCUGUUCGUAUAGAAUGCAUGACACGAAGACACGACGGCCCCGAAGUCCCCCCAGUGGCACAUUCCACUUGGGAGAGAGAUUGCCGACUUUGGCGGGGUCACACAAAUAUUCUUUCGACCUCUUAAAGAAACGUAACAGAAAUAUACCAAUGAUGUUUCUAACGAUAAAAACGAUGCAGAGUUGUGAACGGAAUCGGGCAAAGCUGUGCAAGAAUUUUGCUCAGGCUGAAAGUCAGACGGCCAGAAAGACGGAGAGAAGACAAAGACAGCGGGAGGAUGGAAGAAAAGGAAGAACGAGGAGGGAGGUGAAGGAAAGACGAGAGAAACGAGGGAGAGACAGAGACGGGUGAUAAUAAAGAGCAGGCAGUAAGAGCGGCGA